CCUUAGUUUUCUUUAUUUGUCAUGAGUUAUGGCGAAAGCGCAACAAGUGUUUUAGUUUUCCUGGUUUAAAAUGAACAUGUGGUAAUCCGAACGUUAUGAAACUGCAAUUUGUAAAUAUUUAGUAGGUUAGUGGACAAUUACAAUCGGAAUUCAUGUCGCGAUCGUCUGUUCCGCGGCCUAAAAACUAGUACGAAAAAGUGAUAUCUUUCAGGGCUUGGUGUAUACGUCCUGCAGAUGCUUCUGAAGAAAUUCCGAAAGGAAUACAAUGAAGAAGAAGCCCGAGCAGUAUACAAGAGCAGGUAAAACUAACGUUACAUUGAGAAAUUUCUUGAAUAAUCUAAAAGAAAAUGAUUUGCAUUUCGAAAAUAAACAGAUCACCCAGUGCGUUUUUUUGGGUAUUUUAAGACUGAAACCAGUGCCUAGUAUAUUUUCCAGCGAUAGUACCUCCUCGACAGUCGUCGAAACUAAGCCGAGGAGGUUCAGAAACAAUAAUAGUAAUAAGGAAGCCAAUAAGAACGUGCCCAGAAAGAAAGACAUAAACAAAGUUAUCAGUGGGAAGGUUCGAAAGAAGAACCCCGACAAAAUCAAAGCUUCCGUCAAGAAAGUGCCUGCAAACAAACCGAUUAUCAAAGUGAAAUUUGAUAUGAUGAAGAAAACCCCUGCGAAUGAACUGAACACGCCAAAAAGUGACCUUACACAAGAAAACGUUUCUUCUAAACCACAGACAUUUAACCCUGUAGAAAAUCUCUUCAAUAAGUUGAAACAACAGAUUGAGCACUGCCAACCUGGCUCUUCGGGGCUUUCUAGAAAAGACUGCGUUGAAACUACUGAACAGACUUCUGUUUGUAAGCUAAAGUCCAAAAAACCUAAUAAAAAGCUAGGUAAAAAAAAGUCAAUCAUUCAUGAACGCCUAGCUAUGCCUCUUCUCCCGAUCAGCCACAAUCCAGUCAGUUUUAGUGACUGUGGCGAUCUCAGUUCCUCAUGUUCUUCCUCUUUGGGGCAAGGUAUAUCGGAUGGAACACCUGAUGAACCAUUUACAAGCCAGCAAGUGCUUAAAGCUCUCAAGCCGAAGGAAAGGACAUCUCCCCGUAAUAAAGCUGUCUCCGCAUACGAAGAAGUGCUUUUGAUAAACGAUGAACCUGUUAUUGACCUUUCAGAACAAGAACCCAGUGUAACGAAUGAAUUUUGUGCAAAUCCUGAUAACAUAGCUGUGUCAUCUCCAGUAAAAGAUGAUGUGAUUGUCAUAGACGAGUCAAGGGGUCCCAGAUUCUCACCUAGAUCUAAGAAAACGAAAGAUAAGUCUGUAAGUUUCAUACCAAUCCUUUGUUCGUCAAUAUCUAGUGAUCCUAGUCACCAGGAGGUCAUAGACGUGGAAAAAGUUGACGAAAAAUCGAGCAGAACUCUUUCAAAGACACAUGAAAAUAUGACGGAAUCAAGCCCAGAAGGUCCCAAUACGGAGAAACCGAGACGCAGACGUAGACUGAUGCCAACUGCUAUUCCGUCCAUUUUCUUCAACACUCCGAUGCUACUGAGAAGUGAGCUGGCCCAGAAAAAACCAGCUGGUAUUGAAAAGAAACCUGUUGUCAGGGGUUCAUCGAGAAUGCUACGUUCCGAGCCACAGAAAGUGAAGAACGAUCCUGAAGAGCCUAGUAAGAUAACCAAAUCACCUACUAAGAACUAUGAACAGAGUGAUAAUUUAAUAUACGAAGUGGUAAAGUCAGGAACACAACUAAGCAAGAUUUCAGAGUCUUCUAGUAGUGGUGGCAAUGAUGUUAUAUGCUUGGAUGAUACCCCACCCAAAGUGGAACCACUUAUAAUAAAGCUGAAGGUUUCUCAACAGAAAAAGCUUGAAACAAACAGUCCUGAUGGUUUAUCCAAGGAGAAGCGUAACAGCUCUGAGAAGCUGGCUGCGAAACCACAGAUGGAAGAAACAAGAAUGAAAAAUGUACAAGAUGUAACAACUGUACUUACUUCAAAACUGAGACGUACCGCAAUCCAGCAAAAGAAUGGUUCACCGUCAGAAGAGUUCAGACCAGCUUUUGAAUCACCGCCUCAAAAAACUCUUUCCAUCGAGAAAAGUGGUGCUGAAUUAGUUGAGAAGAAUGAGAGUUUGCGAAAAAGCCCCUCUAAAGUGCCAUCACCUAAAAAGGCAGCUACGAAACCUCCAAAGAACAUCCAGAUACGCUUAGACCUGGAAAAGAAAGAUGAAAAUGAAAUAUCCACCAAAAAUUUGGAGCACGAAAAAGAAGAGGGCGCUAUUAAAAUGAUUUCUUCCAAGAAAUCAGCAGAAAAACUUUCUGCAAAACUGGGAGAAGUGGAUUUAAUCCAGGAGGAGGAACAGCAGACAUCCGAGAAAAUUAUAUCACACAAACUGCUCAGAUCUGAGAGCCUUUCUGUGAAAUCCAACCAAGAAGUUAUAAACAUUGUUGAAUCAGAUGUGAUUAUGAUACCAGAUGAAACUUCAAACGUUUCUACAUCACAUAAUAUAACUGAAGAUCCAAUUUUAGAAGAUACUGAGCCUUCAAGUUCCAAAGUGCUCCACAAGGAUCCAAAUCUAAAGGAAAAAUCACCUGAAAUAAUUGAUCUUUGUUCGAUGGAAGAGCUCAAAAAAACUGCAGAGCUGCCAAAACUAAUUAAAAUACAUAGUGACCUGAAAUUGAAGAAGUUUGUAACCAAAAAUGCUUCUGCGACCAGAGACAAGGCCAAAGAUAACACGAAACAUACAAGUGCAAAAGACAUUAACAAAAAUGUGUCUCAGAAAGAUAAACCAAAUUUGAAUAUUUUUGGGAGAGAUAGCAGAAAAAGGGUGACCCAAGGAGAUAAAUUUGUAGCUGUUAUAGAAGAAAAUAUGGUACAAUCAAAUGUGGUUGGGUCUGAAACCGAUGUGCUCCCUAAACAAGCAGGAAUCUCCGAAAAAGUUGAGCUAGUUGAAUUGGAAACUGUUGAUUUGUCUUCUGAAAAUAUUCCCGAGAAGAAAGAACUGAGAAGGAGCCUUAGAUCAGAAAUGAUUCAACAGAAAUCUGUUACAACUACUGGAACCCAAAAUAUAAAACCCUCUGUAGGUCAAGGUUCAGAAAAAAGUAGUACAUCUUCUUUAGAAGUUGGUAAAUUGAAAUCAGAAGAAAUAUCUAUUCCUGAUUCUGGUAAUGGAGCAAAAGCUGCUCUGCCUGAACAAAAAUUAGUAAAGGAUUUGGAACUAUCUGCAUUGCCACAAAGACUCUUGAGAUCAGACAAAAGCCAACAUAUUCUAACUGAUGCAAAAAUCAGUCCACUCAAAUUAGAUCUACCUAAAAAAGCUACUAAGAUAGAUCUGUCUAGGAAUAUCACAGAUGGUACAUGUAAAGUUUCCCCUAAGGUUGACAACUUAAGAAGCCCCUCACAGAAAAAGCAAGGGAAUCUGGACAAAAUAACAAUGGAGAGUUCAAAAAAGGUGAAGCAACCAAGAGAAUCUACCACAAGAACAUUGAGAUCGAGCACAAUUGAGCCUGAUCUGACACCUGUGAAAGUUAAAGUCGAAAAAUCCGUUCCCCUAACACACGACAAACCAAAAAACAUUGAAAACUCUCCAGCAGAAGGUGUAUCAACAAUGAGAUCACUCAGAUCACAAAAAGUAGUUGCAAGUGUUCUCUCAGAGAAAAAGAAGAAAAACCAGAUGAAAACUACUGCCAAAAAUAAACCUGUGUCGACAACUAUUCCUCCUAGAGGUAAUAUUGCAAGACAGAGCAAGAAGGUCAAGGUUCUCCAGGUGAAAACGAAGAAUAUAAAGGGUAUAGACAGGAAGAACAAAGUAUCUACUAAGAUCACUCAGCAAAAAAUAUCUCAGUCUCUAAAGCGACUCCGACAAAGAGCGGUUACUACCUUAUCGAAAAAUAAAUCUGCAGCGGAAAGAAACCGGAAGGAUAAGCUUCAAAAACAAGCUGUGGUUGAGAAGAAAAAAUCUAGAAAGUCGAUUGACUGGAGAAAUAAUCAACUCAUAGAAAAUAUAAUCCAGGAAAUUAGAAAUACAAUUUUCCUUGAUAAAGAAUGUCAAAGACAAGAUAAAGGUAAUCUUUCAUCAGAUGAAAAUAGUCCGAAGGAAAACGUGGUUCCAGCAAACAAGAAAGCAAUGAAAUCCAAUAAAUCUCUCAACAAGAAAAAGAGGGCAAGAAGGCUGUCUUUGCAAGAAAUAAAAAACGAUAAGAAUACAAAAGGAAACACCCAGAAGAGUAACGUUAAAAAUAAGCAGAGCAAUAAGAUUAAGCAACUGAAUAACAAAAAUAACAUCAAAAAGGUUGUACCAGAUAAGUCGAAACAACCAAAGAAAGAAUCAGUACCAUGCAGAGUUCUUAAUCAAACGUCUGGAGGUCAGAAUUCAGAUAUUAUUAAGUUUGAAAUUGUUGGGAAUGACCAGAAGACUAGCAACCAAUUGAAAAGGAAGAGCCAAGAUUCAAAGCAGGAAACAGUUGUUAAAAGGCAAUAUAAAAAGAGAAAUUUUGGAAAGAAAGAAGAGGAUGUAGCUGAGGAGACCGUUGAAAAAACUGAUGGCAAAAAAGGAGCUGUGAAGAAAAAGUAUACAAAAAGAGGUGUUAAUAAAGCAAUAGAUGAAGUACCGCAGAUCCAGAGUAUCACUGCUAAAGACUGCAGACUUGCAGGAGAAAAUGUGCAAAAGAUAAAACAAGAUAGAGGAGUGUCUAGCAAAGGUGAAUCUAGUAAAAACAAGACUCCAGAAGUAAGGAACAAGAGAACUGUUCAAACAUUCAGUAGCAAAGAAACCAAUCAACAGAUAGAACUGGCUGAAAACGAUUUGAAAGAGGAGGAGAUGGGUGAUCUGCUGAAAAGGAAGAACGAAGAUUCAAAUCAGGAAACAGUUGUCAAAAGACAAUAUAAAAAGAGAAAUUCUGGAAAGAAUUCAGAUCUGGACAGUACUGCUAAGUCUGCUGAAACAACUCAUGGUGCUAAAGGAACUGUUAAGAGAAAGUAUGCGAAAAGGGAUCUUGGUAAAUCAAUGGAACAGCCACAGAUCGAGAAUGUCACUGCUGGAGUUUUGAAAAUUCCAGAAGAUAAUGAGCUGGAACUGAAAGAAGAAUCAGAAUCUAGUAAAGAUUCGAAUGAAGCCGCUAAAGAACAGCGUCCAGAAGUAACGAGCAAGGCGACUGUUCAAGUAUCCAGUGUUAUCCACCUGGUAGAUAGCUACUUAGAAGAAAUCGUUGUGGAUGAGGAGAAGACUGAAGAUAUUCUGAAAAGCAAUAACGAAGAUUUGGAACAAAAACCAGACAAAGAAACUGUAAAGAGGACAUUCAGAAAGAGAACAUUAGUCAAACCAACGAAUGAGAAAAUCCGAAAUUCAAAAGUUGCUGAAAGGAAUGAAUCAGAUAAUUCAGAACCAGAUGAAGAAUUAAACAAAGCUUCCAAAGAGCAGAAUGAUUUAGCAUCAAUGAGCAACGAAUCUGUUGAAAUAUCCAGGAGCAAAGAAUCCUAUCAGCUGGUAGAUAGCUACUUGAAAGGCAUUGCUACAGAUGGAACUAAUGAUAACCUUCUGGAAAUGAAGAACGAAAAUUCAGAACAGGUUGCAGUAGCAAAAAGGCAAUACAAGAAUGUGAAGUCUAAAGAAAUAGAGUCCAGAGUUGAAACUGUGAAAAGAAGGCUUAUUGAACUAGUAGAAGAACCACAGCCUGAUGGGGAUGUGGUACUGAAGAAGGAAUUGCUAGCAUCAACAACUAGCAGAAAUACUGAGAGUUUCAAUAGCAAUAGCAAAGAGACUUGCCAGGUGGUUGGCGGAUCCUCGAGCGAGACUGUUGAGGAGGAGAUGAACGGCCCAUCAAAGAGAAAGACCAAUGUAAAAAAAGAGCUGGCAGACAUGGACAGUGCUGCAAAACCUGUUGAAAGGAGACAAUACAAGAAAAGAGGUGCCUCAGCAGAUGAUCCCAUAGAGCAAAGCGCUUCCACGUCCAAAGACGAUAAAAACAACAAAGCUCAAACCAUUUAUCGCAUUGCCUACCUUGUGAACCAAAUGCUCAAAGGAGGAAACCCAGACCAAGCUAUGUUGGAAGACGCCCAAGCCGAGACGGAGAGGCUGUACCAAGAUGAAGAAACCCCCCGAAUAUUGGACGACCUUAUGGAGGAGAUAUCUGCGGAAAAUGACCAGAAGAACUUUGCAAGUUCAGAGCGUCAAGUCGGUUCUUCCGACAAACCCGAUGUAACAGUGUUCGACUUUGACGAGUCUGAACCGGAGCCCGAUUUGGGUCCUUUGCGUCCCAAAGCGACCCCAGAGAAGCCUCCCUCUGCCCCUGAGAAUAAGCUUACCAAGCAGCAGAAAGUUAUCACCGACGCUGAUCCCAAAGAGGUGAAGAAGAUGUGGUCCAGGAUUGAAAAGCCGCCUCCUGUGGCGUCAAAGCCUCAUCCCGCUCCCAAAAGCAAACCCAAGCGGUCCCUGGAACCCCCCUCAUCUCCCAUGAAACCUCCUUCAUCUCCCACGAAGCUCGCUUCCUCUCCAACCAAGUCCUCCUCUCCGAUGAAACAGCCUACGAUCAUCGAAAUGUUCAACAAGGUGCGGCUCAAGACUGAUCAAGCAGGCAGUUCGAGUGAAGCUGCCUCCGAAACCGCCCCCAGCAAUAUGCCGCCCCCCGCCUCGGAGAGGCCCAACUGCAAGGAUGAGUUUGUGGAAGACGACGACAGCGAUUGCGAGAGCAGGGCAGAAUGGAUCCCUGAGGAGUACGCAGAGUACAAAAUGAAGUAUUCCAGGCAGAAGAUGAUGCAGUACAAACCGAUUUACAAGUGCAAGGUUUGCUUGAAGGUGAUGCCGACUUACUACAAGCUGAUGAAGCACAGGAAGGAGCACGAGCUGACGGAGAAUCCAUAUGUUUGUCCGCAGUGUGAAGCAAACUUUUCUAACGUCGAGGAUUUUUCGGCGCAUUUGAGAAUUCACAAGGGCAAGCACCCGUACACGUGCAUCAAAUGCAACCUCGGCUUCUUCUCGAAGAAAGCCUACGACGCUCACGCGCCCGUCCACGUCUUGCGCAAGCUCAAACCGCUCGAGAAGAAGUUCCGGUGCGACAUCUGCGCCAUGGAGUUCGGCAAACUCUGCGACGUCGACCGACACAUGCGGGUCCACACCGGCGAGAAACCCUCCGUCUGCAACAUCUGCAACAAGGGCUUCCAGCAGGCCCACAACCUCAGCAAGCACCUUCUCACUCACCUCCACAUCAAGCCGUUCCAGUGCGAGAUCUGCAACAAGGGCUUCGGCAGGGUGGACGUCUUGGCCCGCCACUUGUUAACCCAUUCGCUUGACAAGCCCUUCAAGUGCUGGGUCUGCCAGAAGGGCUUCAUCAGGCAGUCGCAGCUCACCCACCACCACGGCAAGUACCAUCCGAGUCAGCCGCUUGUUAAGCCGGAACCUGACGACGAUUAGAGCCCUAUCGAGGGAGCUGUGUUUGUGCUCUGGGGCUGUUUGGGGUAGGUACGGUUCGAGGUCGAUGAGGCUAAGGGGUAUGGUUCGCUCUGUAGUUUUUUUCCAGGGAUCUCUGUAUUUUUCAGGUUUGCCUACAAUAUUUAUGUCUGAUGGGGACUGGUUUGGUUCAAAACACUGCUUGAGGUACUUAUGAUGCACUGUUUG